AGAAGUACCUUAUGUACAGGGAGAGACAUCAUUUGUUUCACAGCCUUAUUAGGUGCCACAUUCUUUUGCGCUGGCAUCUUCAUCUUCGUCUUCAUUGAGCUUCAGGCCAUGUCAAUGGCUUGUGCUCUGAAUUCCAUCAACAAGAAAAGCACUUUGCUGAUGCUUAUUGCACCGGUGAAGACAAUAGGCAGGAUUCCAGCUUCUUGGGGGAGACAUGCAUGGAGUAUUGGGAGAGAAGAUCCAAGGAGAGGUGUCCAUGCUCUCAAGGCUGGGACAGCUCUCACGCUGGUCUCGCUCUUGUACAUACUCGAACCUUUCUUCAAAGGAAUUGGGAAGAAUGCCAUGUGGGCUGUCAUGACCGUAGUCGUCGUGCUUGAAUUCACCGCAGGAGCAACCAUAUGCAAAGGGCUGAAUAGAGGGUUGGGAACAGUGUUGGCAGGUUCUCUUGCACUUCUCAUUGAGCUUGCAGCUUCUGGAACCGGGAAGGUUUUCCGCGCUUUCAUCGUAGGAGCUUCGGUGUUUAUAAUAGGAUUUGCUGCCACAUAUGUUAGGUUCUUCCCAACAAUCAAGAAGAGCUACGAUUAUGGUGUGCUGAUUUUUCUCUUAACCUUCAAUCUGAUAACGGUGUCAAGCUACCGCCAAAACGAUGUGCUCCCAUUAACGAGAGAUCGUUUAAGUACUAUUGCCAUUGGUUGUGCAAUAUGUCUAUUCAUGAGUCUCUUGGUUUUGCCAAACUGGUCCGGAGAAGACCUCCACAAUAGCACAGUUAACAAAUUUGAAGGAUUGGCAACAUCAAUUGAAGCAUGUGUGAAUGAGUAUUUCCGGGACAAGGAUAAAGACGAUAACGUUCUUGAUAGGCAGGAAGCAAGAGCUUCAAUUCAAAUCGGGUACAGAGCGGUCUUGGAUUCAAAAUCCAGUGAUGAGACCCUAGCACACUAUGCAAGCUGGGAGCCAAGACACUCAAUGCACUGUUACAGUUACCCAUGGCAAAAGUAUGUGAAGCUCGGAUCAGUGCUUAGGCACUUUGCAUACACAGUUGCUGCACUUCAUGGAUGUUUGGAAUCUGAGAUUCAGACUCCUCCGUCCGUGAGAUUAUUGUUCCGUGAUCCAUGCACAAGAGUUGCUAGAGAAGUCGUCAAGGUUCUCCAAGAGCUCGCGGUGAGCAUAAAACGUCACAGGCGCUGCGCCCCUGACGUGCUCUCUGACCAUCUCCAUGAAGCGUUGCAGGAUCUGAACUCGGCUAUCAGAUCACAGCCGCGGCUCUUCCUUGGCUCCAAACGCGCGUGUGCUGCCAAUAAGCAUAUGCUCAUGGAACUGAACUCUGGAAAUCACACGGCAUCAAGAGCUACCCUUCAUUCGUUCAAGACUGAUGCAAUGGCAUUGUCAGAAAGGAGGAACACAGGAACAGAGCAACCGCCGGAACGCCACAAUGAGAGGGGCAUGUUGCGGCCGACGCUAAGCAAGAUCGCCAUCACGAGCCUCGAGUUCUCCCAGGCACUUCCGUUCGCCGCGUUCGCGUCGCUGCUGGUGGAGAUGGUGGUGCGGCUGGAGAUGGUGAUAGAGGAAGUGAAGAACCUGGAGCAGGCCGCAAAUUUCAGAGAGUUCACUGGGCAUGAUCAUUGGAUCGUUGAUCUUAGUAGCAAGGAGAAGACGAGGAACAAUAAUGCUCCAGCAUUGAACCCGGUUUCUGCUGCAGCUGAGUGAGUACUUAUUGCUGAUGGAUUCGGUGAGCAAUUUAUUAGACAUUUUGAGAAGAGAGAGGCAUAUUUUUUCAGAAAACAUGAAUCGUGGACUCAGAAUAAUUGUUUGAACAUAGAAGAAAGCUUUCAUGUAAUCUAAUCCACCUACCAAUAAAUUAUUUGUCGACGUCGAAAUAGUUAGAGUUGGUGUAUGUGAGUAUGUCACAAGAACAGUGUGCAACCCUUUUUUUUCUAAAUUCAAUUAGCAUUGUCUUUCUUAA